GGGAGGCCUAAGGGUCAGCCUUAGUACCCCCCAUUCGAAUUUACUUGGCUUCUAAGAGAAGAGAACCGAUAACAAAGAAAAAGAGAAAGGAGAGAGCAGUUCGCAGUUUUCGUCACUGUGCGUAGGGUUGAUUGUUCAGCCCAUAUCUUGAGCUUCACUCGUUCAAAUCAGGCGUGUGAGGUGUCCAGAGAAAGAUCUUAAAACAAGGAUUCUGGAAUGGUGUAGAUCGCGACGAUCGGAGUUGAGGAAGGCUUCCAAAUCUGCGUUGGAAAGUACGACCCUGCAGCAGAGUUUCUUCUUCUCUAGGGGAAGUGAACUUGCCGGGGAACACCUCUUCAAGAGGACUGUUUAGUUUCGUGGCAGGAGGGUGGAGCCAGCUGCUGAGAGCCGGCUGCUGAGCCAGCUGCUGAGAGAAGGCUGCUGCCCACUCAUUUUUUUAACGCAAGGAGUUAGCUCGCAACCUUCCUUGGCCGAGCCUUGAUCGUUGGAGCGUGAAAGGAAGUCUAAAGCUCUUUAAGGUUGAGGCUAGAGCUUGCUUCCUGUGCUCGUUGCUCGAGAGAUCAUCUAGGAGGGGAGACUUGCGAUGGUGGGUGAUGGUGGUAUUAUGAAUAGGGAGAACUCGGAAGGGCUUGCACCGGGUGGAACCGGGCAUGUCAACCGAGAAAAGCCCUUAGGACCAAAGGUGCAUGAAAUUCUUGAAGCUCAAAUCGUGAGUGGUGGUCAUGUUAAGACCAAGGAAAAAUCACCUUGUUAUGGCAAAACUGAACCACUCAAGGCUUCGGGUGACGAAGGAGAUGGUUUGAGUGAUGAGGACCUUGAUAAUGCACCCAUUGAACAAAUGGGCAUGGUCAUAAAUUGGCUUCAACGUGAACGUGCAAGACUUAUACAAAAACGCCAAGCUAGGCAAGCUAAGGACGCACCAUUAGGAAGGAAAAGAAAAUGGGGAGACCACGACCCCCAAGGACAUUCUAGGAGGACAAAUGUUGAGGGUGACAAAACCUUCGGGGUACACACAUUAUCGCUUGGGAGGAGUCGAGGCUCGGGUGGCCAGAACUCGAGGUCAAAAGGUUCGAGAGUACCUAAGUGCACAAAUUGUAAGAAGCACCACCCGGGUAAGUGUUGGGACCCUCCUAGGUGCUACCGAUGCAGAGAGAUUGGGCACACGAAUGCGAAUUGCCCACAACUUAUACCCGACCAAACUUUGGGCUCAAGUAGUACGACUAUAGGCAUACGGAGUCAAGCCGGGGCCUCUCGAGCAAGUAAGGAACAUGGCGGAGCAAGUGUGAGCAACGCGCCGUCCGUGAAUCAAGGGAGGACUCAAGCUAGGGUCUACGCGAUGACGGAGGCGGAUGCUCAAGCUAACCCGGAUUCCGUUGCAGGUUGAGGCUAGAGCUUGCUUCCUGUGCUCGUUGCUCGAGAGAUCAUCUAGGAGGGGAGACUUGGUUCGUGCUUCCUCCAUUCGUUUUUUAAACAUUAAUAAACAUGCUCAUGGAUAUUUUACUAUAGAGCCUGCGUGCUCAUGGAUAGCCCGGUGUGGCCUUUUUGUUUUAAACAAUGUUUUCCGCUGCGUUAUGAAUUACUUAUUAUGUUUAUUUAUGGAUGUUAUAUGUGUGGAUGAUAUUCAUGACGCCUUGUAUAAUAUGAAUGUGUUGGGC